AUGGGGUCUCGCCAUGCGUUCCUCGGUGACCUCUGGGCCCACUUGGUUGCUCGGACUAAUACCGUGAAACCAGUGCUCCAAAGGAUCGUGGAGGCCUGGCUUACACAUUUCCCACGCGAAACACAAAACUCGGUCAGCCAGCAGAGCGCGUCCUUGGCCGAGGAGAUCCGAGCCGUACGCAGAGAGAUCGCAGUGGCUCGUCAUCAAAGGCGUGAGGCUAGGCGGCAACGCAAAGAACUCUGGACACCGACUCUGUCGAGCAACACGGCAUCUACCAAUGGCUCUCAGCAAUUUGCCGCUGAGAGGCCAUGCACAUCGAGCCAACUGAGCUAUGCCUCUAGGGAGGAUGAUCCGUUUGCCGAUGCUGAUGGCGGCAACCAGCCGUGGCAAGACGAUGUAAGUGGAUUUUACAAACACAUGGCAAGUGAAAAUGGCAAUGCAUAUGCUUUUGACCGCGCCUCGGUGCAUCCUGCCUUUGACAGCCCCAAUGUCCAACCUUGCGCCUUCCAACCUCAAGCGUUUGCAACAGGAGUAGAGUUUGACUCCUCCGAUCGAGAGGCAAUCUGGGAAGGAGCGGAUUCGAACGGCGCCAUGCAGACACUGACAAGCCCGCAGCUUGCGAUACCGUCGUCCUCGACUGGGCCAGCACAGGAGCCGCCCUCCGAUUCCCUGCCUCCGGCAAUGCUACAAGACGAGUCCCGAGCUAGCAAUCGCUUCCGUAACAUAGCCACCAGCAGUGUCUUUUCGAACCACGAACCGGCUCAACCUGUCCCCUUGCGUCCCGAGGUCCCCCUCUCCCCUCAACCGUACACUGGGUAUGGAAACGUAGCAGCACCGAGCAGCUUCUACACAGACACCGGACCAGCCCGGCCCCACCCUCCGCGAACCGACGUGUCUCUCGCUGCUGCCCGCCCUCCAUCUGCACCAUCAUCAGACUUGGCCAGGCGUGAUCACUCGCACCGCUUGCGCCCAGACGCGUCUGACCAACCUCCAGCAGGAUUUCCUUACCAUCCCCGCCCAGUCCCGCCCGGCCAUCCGCACCGGCCUGCGACCCAUGAGGAGGCAUUGAGGGGGGGGGAGCAGGAUGAGAUCGUCGAGCGGCCGACUUUCACGGAGCACUACGAAAAUAAGCGGAAGCCCAAGCCCCUUCCGCCCUCGGGACGUCGGCAGUUCUACGGGCGGAGACCCAGCCCUCCUCCUCUUCCUUCUCCUCCUCCUCACCAUAUCCGGCCUCUGACCUCUCGUCCGCAGCCUGGAUCGCCCCCAGUUCCCGAAGCGCCCCCGGCCCUGACCCCGGAGGAGGUUCGCCGCUGGUUGCGGGCGAGGGGCCCUGUCGCGCCCAGCGACGUCUCGACGGUGUGGCCACAAGACUCCAUCAGCAGCGUCGGAUUGCCCAGGUAA